CAGUCCUAAAAUUUAUUCGCAGAUGACCUGUUCAAAGGUGAAAUUAUAACCUGGGAAAUAACGUGUUGGUAUCGUUCGCCUGCUCGCGUUCCCGCCCGAAGGCGAAUGGCGAAAGGCGACAGUGGAAGGAAAAAGAGAGGUCCGGGCCUCUCUGAGCGUUGCAUCCAUCCCUCAAAUAUCAAACGCUGCACAGAGAAGGGAAAAUAAGAGUUCCACUCCGGUGGUGCUGGUGUUGGAUUGGCUAGGAAUCUGCGUUGAGUUAGCAAAGGUGUCCCAGCUACUGGUUGCAAAAAAAAAGUUAAGAGCACAGCCGAGUCCGCUCUCUGCAAGCGAAACGCUUGUCCCAGCGCGGGUUCACCCUGCGAUCAUCAGGGCUACUGAGUAAGUUACAACAACCGCCAGUUUUCACUAUCGCUCUCCCAGCCGAUGGGAAAUGCCAUACUCCGCGAUGGAGAAACUUCCGCGCCUCAUUUUCCAUCGGAAGCAGUUUUCACCGCCAAACAUUUUCAGCUCCUCCAACACUUUAUACAAAGAGUCAGAGGAGAACGGGCAACCGAGCGCUCGGACGAGGGGCUCGGAUGCUUUCCAAGGUGCAAAUAUCGCUCAUUCCACACCAUCAAACCUAUGUGGCGCAGUAGGAACGGCGUGGAAGCCCCGGGCCCUCCCGGAGAGAGGAGAGGAAAGGCCAACGAGGGCAGGCAGACCUCCGGCCCGGCUCGCCGGGCGGUCGGCACCCAGUUGCCCCCGGAGCCCCCGCAACGCCGCGCCGCGGGAGGCACACACUUGGGAGAAACGAGUUCUUUAGGACAACUUGGAAAAUAGUGUCGCUUGCUGCACUGUGAGCCGGGGAAGGGGAGCUCAAGCGAUGGCUCUGCCAGGGCUUUGGCUUCUGUGCAAAGGAUGAGACUGGCACGGACCGAUUUCGCAAGGCGCUUAGGGAAGGGAGACCCAAAAAGCCUGAAUUAAGUACAGCGAGCACCAGUGCGGUUCCCGCUUGCUUGUUUCAGACUCCAGGGCUGCGCGGCGGCAACGCGUCCGCAAGGGCAGCGGUUUCCGCUGUCCACCCCCGCCCGCCCAGAGGGAAGGCGAGGGCCGGGAUCUCCGCAGCCGGCGCUGGCAGGACGAAGGCAUUGCCCCACCGGCACCAAGAGAGAUUGAGCGUGGCUGCCCACCGGCAAAGAGGCACGGCCGCUGAAGGCAGUGCAGGCGUAGCCCGGCUUGGCGAGGCUGGUGGCCCGUCGGGCUCCGCUGGGGCUGGGAGGGGAGGCAACAGCCCAGACUCUCACACCGCAGCACCGUUUAAGAACCGGGUGCUGGUGUCGCGGACGGACACGGAGCCCCCAGCCCGGCCCGCAGCCGCCUUGUCAUGCUACCCAAAGUGGAAACGGAGGCCCUGGGACUCGCCCGGUCGAAUGGGGAUCAGGGGCAGAUGCCGGAAAACAUGCAAGUGUCUCAGUUUAAAAUGGUGAAUUACUCUUAUGAUGAAGACCUUGAAGAGCUGUGUCCAGUCUGUGGAGACAAAGUGUCUGGGUACCAUUAUGGACUUCUCACCUGUGAAAGCUGCAAGGGAUUCUUUAAGCGAACAGUCCAGAAUAACAAAAGGUACACAUGUAUAGAAAAUCAGAAUUGCCAGAUUGACAAAACACAGCGAAAACGAUGUCCUUACUGUCGAUUUCAAAAAUGUCUAAGUGUUGGAAUGAAAUUGGAAGCUGUGCGAGCUGACCGAAUGCGUGGCGGUCGAAACAAGUUUGGACCAAUGUACAAGAGAGACAGGGCAUUGAAGCAGCAGAAGAAAGCUCUUAUCCGAGCAAAUGGACUGAAACUGGAAGCCAUGACUCAGGUGAUCCAAGCAAUGCCAACCGACCUGACAAUAUCCUCUGCAAUCCAGAACAUCCAUUCAGCUUCUAAAGGCCUACCUCUGAACCACACUGCCUUGCCUCCUACAGACUAUGACAGGAGUCCCUUUGUGACCUCUCCGAUCAGCAUGACAAUGCCACCCCACGGCAGCUUGCAAGGCUACCAAACCUAUGGCCAUUUUCCAAGCCGUGCUAUCAAGUCUGAGUACCCUGACCCUUACACUAGCUCACCAGAGUCAAUAAUGGGCUACUCAUACAUGGAUAGUUAUCAAACAAGCUCACCAGCAAGUAUCCCACAUCUGAUAUUGGAACUCCUGAAAUGUGAGCCUGAUGAGCCACAAGUCCAAGCUAAAAUCAUGGCAUAUCUGCAGCAAGAGCAAGCCAACAGAAGCAAACACGAGAAGCUCAACACUUUCGGGCUUAUGUGUAAAAUGGCUGACCAAACCCUCUUCUCCAUUGUUGAGUGGGCGAGGAGUAGCAUCUUCUUUAGAGAACUUAAGGUUGAUGACCAAAUGAAGUUGCUUCAGAACUGCUGGAGCGAACUCUUAAUCCUGGAUCACAUUUACCGGCAAGUGGUACAUGGGAAAGAAGGCUCCAUCCUUCUGGUUACUGGGCAACAAGUGGAUUAUUCCGUAAUAGCAUCCCAAGCUGGAGCCACCCUCAACAAUCUUAUGAGCCAUGCACAAGAACUGGUAGCAAAGCUUCGUUCGCUGCAGUUUGACCUACGAGAAUUUGUCUGUCUCAAAUUCCUGGUGCUGUUUAGUUUAGAUGUCAAAAAUCUUGAGAACUUCCAGCUUGUGGAAGGUGUUCAGGAACAAGUGAAUGCUGCUCUGCUGGACUACACCAUGUGUAAUUACCCACAGCAAACAGACAAAUUUGGCCAGCUUCUCCUGCGACUACCAGAAAUUCGGGCCAUCAGUAUGCAGGCCGAAGAAUACCUCUAUUACAAACACCUGAACGGGGAUGUGCCAUGUAAUAACCUUCUCAUUGAGAUGCUGCAUGCAAAGAGAGCAUAAAUUAUACCCAUUAGAGCUUCUGCUUUCAAGGAAAAGAAAUUAUUCUGAACUGCUCCAAGCAACACUAAUUAAAACGUGGUUUUAAGACUUUGCAAAAUGGUAUAAUAAUCAAAUACUAAUAGUAAAUAAGUGAUGUAUCAGGGUAUUUGUAUUGCAAACUGUGAAUCAUAUGCUACACAUCCCCAAAGGAAUCUAUAUAGGACUUGAUACUGGAGUGAACUUACCAAGUGGAUACCAUCACCAAUGCCAAGAAAAUGGACAGAAUUAUCAUUGUAUAUUUAACUCUGCUGAUUGCCAACAUGAAGAAACCUAGGUGAAAAAAAACCUGAUCUGUAUUAUUGAGCUAAGAUGGUGAGGAAUUUGAGUGCACUAAAUUCCUUCACUGCAUAGAAGGACUCAUAAAACAGUUACAACAGAUGCAAAACUGCAUCUACAGCAUCUUCUGUCAUCCUUACAGGGACCCAACACUUACUUCUUCUGUGCUAAAUGAUGUGGCAUCCUUUGAACAAGCUGUAAGAGAGAGCUGGCCGAGGCCACGUGCUGUGUGCUUUGGCCACCAAACCUCCGAGGCUGGGCCUGCUUGUCGGGCCUGCAAACAGCUCCUAGGAAGAGUCUGGGAUCCAGUUAGCUUGGCAUUCUUAACUGUGUUCUGAAGUUUGUUUUGUCACGUGUUCAUGUUGUUCUACCAGGCAGUAUCCCUCUUCUACUGCUCGUAUCAGAUAGCUGUUAAGCAGUUAAGGAAAUAUUCUAAAAUAAGUUAGCCAAUUCAACUGUAUACUCAACCAGCUGCUAAAAGAUAGCUCCACUGUAUGUUCAUGGGUAUUUCCAUAAAAGAAAAUAGAGAUAUUUCAGUCAUCCCAAACAACACUUUCUUUGACAAGAAAACAGCAAUUAGAACACCAAAUACUGAUGUUAAAAAACUAAAAAUAAAAUUUUAAAAGAAUUUUGUGAUAAAAGAAGUGACAAGUGAAUUGUACAACUGGAUGAUGCCAUGGAGCUUAUUAAGAAAUUAUCUUUAAAAUUUGCAGUAAUUUGGAAACUAAAUUUCAACUCAAACAUCCAAUAUCUAACGAAAGCUCCUGUUUUCAAAGUUAGGUAAUAUACCUAUUUUACGCAAAGAAAGAAGAGUGAUACUGCUGUUUCUAUGUAGGCCAAAGUCUGCUGCAGAACAAAUAUUAGAAAAGAACAAACACUUCUCUCUCUGUCCAAAUGAAGAUAUCAGUAUUAACAUGUAGUGCCACAUUUAUAAGUCUUGCCUUAUUUCAUUACCCUUAAAGGUAACUGUGCAGGUGUAGAUCAACAUACAUUUCAAAAUAAAGUAUUAAUCUCUAGCAUUAACAAAAACAUAGUGUUUACAUUCUUUAGGUCCUGUGGGGAAAAACUGUGAUAAAAUUGCAGAGCAGUGAUUUCCUUAUUAUUUCUUUUAAAUUGGUAAUUAUUUUACCAGUACUUAAUUACUGUAUGUCGUGAGACACUAAAAUCAAUAGGGGUUUUUCAUUUUUACUUUAAUUUUUGAGAUUAUCAGCUGCACAAUCACUUGUAGAAACUGUAUAAAAUUCUAAUACUUUAAUUUUUUUUCAUGAAGAUUGCUGGCUUUUGAAUAGUUUAUUUAUAUUGUAUAUGAUAGUUUUCACUGUAGACAAUUAUGAUGCUAAUUUAUUUUUCUUUGGUUUCAUCUUUAUAUAAGAUAUAGCCAGAAUGAAGAAGCCAAAUAUAUGUGUUUACUGUAGCAUGUCUUCAAGUUAGUGGAACAUAGUUCAGGGACACAGAAGGGUCUUUACAAAUUAAAAUCAUUCACUUGAUUAAAUGUCUGUAAAUCUUCAUAAUCCUAAAUGUAGUUUAUUUAAAUCUAUUGUAAAUUAUGUGAGCUGUAACUUUUUCUGUUUCAUGUGAACUUGAAAAGGUGCAUUUCUCUCACUUUCGUCCAACCAUUCAUACAUUGUAUACCAAAGACAUCAGUUAUUACAUCUGCAUUAGUACGAAGCACACUAUUUAAUUGCCUGUAUUAAUCAGCUCUAAUAUUCUGUCCAUGCAUAGGGUACCAACACAGCAAAGCCAAGUGUCUGCAACUCCUACAUGCCUGUCUUGUACCACAGCACACACGUACUGUCAUCCUACAGACCUCGAGCAAACCGAGCACAGCCCCUCAGCAUCCCCCAGGGCAGACAGAAGCAUUCUUUAAACAGCAGUGCUCUCCCUCAAACAAACGAAAUUAACAGUAAAGUGCGGGUGCCAACUGAGGUGGCUGUGAAAUACACGAACAAGAUAAGUGUGGUCAUUCUUUCAGAAAGAAAAGCAAAGCAUUAAUUCAAGUGUUUGCAUUCUGUAUUUUCUCUUUUUUUUCCUGUUGAAAUGCUACAGUGAACUUCACUGAAUAUUAAGGAAAAAGCUGAAAAAAUAUUGCUAAAUAUUCAUAGCACCAUUAUCCAUAUACAGGACAGAAGAAUUAAAACAAGAAUGUAGAAGAAAGGAACAAUUUAGGUUCAUGAAAAUGCUUUCAGAUAAUUGAACAUAUAUUUGCCCACAUCCGGGGUUCCAAGAAUCCCAUCGUAUUGCCCGAAGUACACGAACAAAACACAACAAAACAAACCACAAAAGAACCCUCUCACGUUAAUUGUUAACUACUUUGUAACCAAGCAUUUUCUUCUGACUGCCUUAUUGAUUACAGGACAUAUUAGUAAAAGCAGACUAAAAUUCAAAAGGUUUAGCUUUGGCUGGUUUAUUAUAGUUGUUCUGUGUUUGUAAACAGACAAUCUGUAAAGUCUGACUAUUUGUAUUACAGAUGUUCUGCAGCUGCCUUGGAUUUAAAUCCAUGCAACUCUUAGAAUGUGCAGUGAGUUACUUGUUGAAGUUGAAGUUCUCUUACUGUAUCAGUGAAAUACAUAUUGUCAUGUCAGUUCUUGCCAAGAGUUUCUCAUCACCAAUGGAAUUAUUUUUUUCAGUAUUUCAAUAAAUAUUGAUAUGCCCAUG